AUGGACGUUUCCUGUUGUCAAAAUGGCAAAAAAGCGACAGCGAGUGUUCACUCCAAUGUUCACCGUGCACGUUGUUUACAUGUUUGUGCAGUUCCAUGACGAUGUCAACUUUGUCAAUGUUUCACUAGGACACGCAACGGAAAGAAAACAACAAACGAGGUUGGGAAACACUGCUUGAAGAGGUCGGGGAGCCACCAUGCCUUUCCUCCACGGAUUUCGAAGGAUCAUAUAUGAAUAUCAGCCGUUGGUGGAUGCUGUCAUGAGUGUGGUCGGGCAGGAAGAAGUAGACUGGUGUCACGCGAGCAGAAGUCCGGAAGAUGAGAGAUGUCUGUGCAGUGCUUUGGUGGAGCUGCUGGAGCGAGAGUCCCAGUCUGAAGUGUUCUUGGAAGGCAUCGGCUAUGCUCUGUUUAAGGUGGCUGAGCAAGGACUGGUGCAGGCUGCUCAAGUGCUUCUACGGUACAGAGCAGAUCUUAAUUUUGAGGACCCAGUGUCUUUCUACAAUCCACUGCAUAUAGCAGUUCUGAGGAACAGACCAAACAUGGUGAAACUGCUCGUCGAGCACAAAGCUGACAUUGAAAAAAGAGACCAGAUCCACGAGAGCAGUCCCUUGGAUCUUGCCUGUGAGGACGUGGACCGUCUGCCCGUGGACCGUCUGCUGCUUGACCUGGGUGCCAAUGUGAAUGCACAGGAUAAACGAGGAAAAACACCUUUGCUUCAUGCCUUGGCAAGCAGUGAUGGCCUAACUGUGAACAACACGGAGAAUAUCCAGCUUCUCCUUCAGAGAGGUGCUGACGUGAAAGCCGUUACUGAAGAUGGCGACACAGUUGAGUCCUCGUUGGUGUUUCUGGUCAAGGAGGCGCUUGACGCCGACCCCGAGGACGCUGCCCAGAUUGGAAGAUUCUGCCUGCAAACCGCACGCUUACCGCUGGCCCACGGCGUGGAUCCAAGUUGGGAUGCGAACGACUGCGAGUCCUCGCUGACCCGAACGAGCCUGCAGCACUUUGACCUGCUCUUCCCCCUGGCCGUGCUGGUCAUCCAGAGCGGAGCCUCUUUGGCGUGUGCCCACAGCGACUCCUGCUGGCGAGCUUCCGCCCUUAUUUUCCAACGGCUGCAGACGGCCCCACGGCAGUGCUCGGAUCCGAAUUACGCCUCCGAGCUCCUCGAGCGAGCCGAGUUGUUGCUGGACCUAGCGAGGGUAAACCACCCCGCAGUCAAGCUGCGUUCCAGGCCUCAACCGCUUACGUUUGGACAAGACCCUCACCCGUAUGGUCAAGCUCUACAAGAUCUAUACAGCCGGGUGGUCAAGCAUGAUGCGUCCCCUCCUGCUCUCAGAUGCCUUUGCAGGGCUUUUAUAAGGAGCCACCUGCGACCCUGGCCACGGGAAGAGAGAAUCAAUGCUUUGCCCUUACCAGACAGACUGAAAGGAUUCCUUCUUCCUGAACGCACACAUAAGCCAGAACCUGGUUGGGACUGUUUUAAGCCUCAGCAAAGCCCGCUUUGAUCAUCUGAUGCGUACUAUCACCAUUUUGUUUUCGUACUUCCUGUCAAUUAUGGGCAAUAAUGUAAAGCAGCUGUACGUUCCGUCGACUACAGCAGAAGACCUGCAAACUAUCGAGGCGUGUGGCGUAGAUUCAAUCGUGAUGUAUUUGUGCCUUCAGUUGUUCAAUUGAGUCAAAUUGAUUGUCGUGAUUUGCGAUGUGAUCUAAGAUGUGAGGCUGUUAGGGUGCUGCAAUUCAAUAUGAAUGUCACCAGGUGGCAGUAUUUCUCUAUUGGGUAUUUACGCUGCAGCCUGCUAAAGUUGUUGUAUUGCCCUAUCUCCGCAGUGAUUGUGUUGUGAAAUUAGUUUUCUUCCCACUGAAAAUGAA